CUUCAUCUUUCUGGUCUUGCAUCCACCUCAGCGAAGAUGAACAAGACGAAAAGUCGUGCACAACUACGGUCGCGAGGAAUAUAAUAGUGAUCCGAGAGGGCAGCUACUUUACAUCAAGAUCCCCGAGGACGAUGUCGCGUAGUUCUAGUUAUUCCUACUUGCAGUGCUUCUAAGUAUAUUUCCGGUCGACGCCUGACCUAUUGAGCUACAACUUAAGUUGCAAUUUGUUGUAUUCGAACAAAAGCACCACGACGAUCACGACCAACAGAACGUCCUCGCGAGGUAAGUACUUAAUUUUUCAAUAGAGAGAAACGACUUAUGGGAGUUGCAGUUGCAAGGAAGAACCCAAGCGCAAGCAAGCUGCUCAACAUCCUGCCAGUAGGUGAAGAAUCAACUACUUCUAUCUCCCGUGCCGCGCAACGACCACGUCAUCAAGGUCAACAGAACGCGGAAGACAAAAAUGACGCCAUCGAGCAAGAACAAGGCAUGGUACGGAAUAGGUGCAGUUCCAUCGUGUUUCGUGUUUUUGCUCUAAAAGGAAUUGAAAAAAUACCAACAGAAGAUCUUAAAGGAAGCUCAUUUAAAGUAACGCACUACAUAAAGUGGUAGACACUUGACACACAUAACGAGGAGGCUGUUGGUCUCCGGUCCUCGGUCCUCAGUCCAUCGCGAGGCAAUAUGUGAGGAGAUAAGAAGGGAGAAGCGCCAGACACAUAAGAAGGAGGUUGUUGGUCUCCGGUCCUCGGUCCUCACUCCAUCACGAGGCAGUAUAUGAGGAGAGAAGGAGGGAGAAGCACCAGACACAUAAGAAGGAUGUUGUUGGUCUCCGGUCCUCGGUCCUCACUCCAUUACGAGGCAGAAUGUGAGGAGAUAAGAAGGGAGAAGCAAGCACCAGACACAUAAGAAGGAGGUUGGUGGUCUCCGGUCCUCGGUCCUCACUCCAUUCCGAGGCAGUAUAUGAGGAGAUAAGAAGGGAGAAGCACCAGAGACAUAAGAAGGAGGCGGUUGGCCUCCGGUCCUCGGUCCUCAGUUCAUCGCGAGGCAAUAUCUGACGAGAUAAGAAGGUAGAAACACCAGACACAUAAGAAGGAGGCUGCUGGUCCCGGUCCUCGGUCCUCAGAUCCUCGCGAGGUAAUACGUGAAGAGACAAGGAGGUAGAAGCACCAGACACAUGCGCAGGAGGUUGUUGCCCUUCGGUCCCCGGGCCUCCGUUCAUCUCGAGGCUAGCAAUAUAUGGCGGGGCAAGAUAGAAGGUAGAGGCACCAGGCAGAUACCACCUUGCUGGGCGUUUCGCAGUGCGGGCGGAAAUAUGAGGGCAGGCGUUUGCUUGUUGUUUCGCGGAAGAUGAUGCUCGUUGCUCUCGAGCAUGCGCAUCAUCUCCCGCAGGCCGCAGGCAGAUAUCUACAGCUGCCGGAUCUUACGUGGUCCCGUGAAGCCGAAGCAAGCGGAGGAAUCUUCCGGCUCACCGGAAGAUCCUUCCGGUUCCGUUUCCGGUUUUGCCGUCCGAAGUGCUUCUCUUUCAUCUUCUAAAGUCGCGAAGCUGCGACUUCGUGCGUGAUUUCGCCUACCCGGCAGCUUUAGCGGAUUUUUGGAAGCCUCGAAGCUGCCGCGUGGGCAAAAGAAUUAGAAGAAUUCCAGAGGCGGAAUCAGAAGGCAGAAUUAAAGGCAUUGCUAAAGGAUUGCUUAGGGGCCUACUCAGAGGCCAUAUCAGAAAUGGACCACCAGGGGGCAGCUACUUGUAGCGCAGCACUGCGCAGCCGCCCUCGGGUUGUUAAAGCGACCACCGCAGCACCGCCCGCAUUUGCAAAAGCUGAGGCGGCCACUUCGACCAUUGGGGCGGCACGUGUUCCGCUGCAUGUUCUCCGCUGCGCGCGCGCACCAGCGCGCGCCGCGAGCUUUUUUUCAGUUUGCGCGCGCGCAUCGCCCGCUUGAAGCGUUUUCUGUUGUUGCGUCCGUAUGCCGAUCCACGCGCGCGCCGCGCGCGCCCAAGAAAUAUCUUUCGUUCUGUUUCAUUCUGUUCCAGCUACACCGCAGAAACCGCGCAACAAACCAGCCGAGAAACCGCAGCAAGCAAAACAGAUUUUUUUUUCGCCGGGGCGGGGAGGGUGUGGCCUUAGAUUUUUGAAGUCCGAAAAGGGAAUACUGGUCGGGUCCGGAUGGGCCCGGCCAUCUGUGGAUACGGCCCGCCAGACGACCGACCGCACCUACCCCCCUCCUUUUUGUUAUUGAAAAGGAGGCCCAUUAAUCGCGCGGCCUCUAAAGCAAGAAAAGAAAACUGCAAACAAAGUAGGACACAAAAGGAACCCAAAAAAGUAGGGCGAAAAAGUAAGACAAAAAAAUAACAGCAAAAAAGAAGAACAAAAAAUAGGAACAAAAAGCAAGACACAAACGCAAGCCCAAAACGCAAGAGCGUGAAAGCGCCCCCGAAUUAGAGCGCGGCAAAGGUCUCGCACACAAGGGCGACGCCGCGACGGCUUUCUCCCAAUCUCCGGAAAUGCCAUGGGUGGGCGGCCGCAACACAACAGACGGCAGCGAAGAUGAAAAGGGGGCGCAGCCAGAAGCGAAAGCCUGCGCCGGAAAUGGCGAAGACCGUAAAUUUUUUAGGCUUUGAGUAGGGCCGUCUCCGCAAGGCGCGGCCCAGCAAAAAAAAAGCACAUGGGCCGGCGCGAUUCUGAUUAGUGCGAUCAGCUUCAUGCCCGUAAUGGAUCAAGAUGGUCCCGCCACUUUGAAAUGUUCCAAGUCCCGACCCGCGUGCUCUUCCUGAUCUUUCAGACCAGGUCGCGGCCGACAAGCAACUGAAAGGCGAGCCGCGGAAAAAAAAAACGAAGGCCACGCGGGUCGUUUUCAUUUGAUUGGGGCGGAUACCUGCUGGGCGGUACAGAAAUGUAUGCUGAAGGCUGACAAACCGGCUGGAUUUUUUUCCUUUCGCCCGUAAUCGGACAGCCCGAAGCCAACCGGCCGGGGGUGGAAGCCGAAGGGGCCGGCGCAGAUACUGCCUCGGACCCUUCUCCCAGCGACAACGACGGACAGCAGCCCCCGGAGCUCCGGCCCGUCGCCUCGAAGUUCCGGCGAUGACGAAGGCGGCGCAGGCGGCUAGUGAUUUCGGUGGGCGGCCACCAAUCUGCCAGGUGGCGCGUUUCGUGUUGAAAUGCAGGGGGGCGCAAAGAACAACAGCGCGCGCGCGUGGUUCACAGCCUGGCAGAUCGCAAGCGAGGCCGGGCGCGCGCUGUGCGUCGCUAUCUUUGUUCCCGCGCAGUGAACCUCUUCGCCUUCAGAGCCAGGCGAAUCAAUGAAAGCCGUAUGGCCCUGGCGCUGUAUGUGAGCGCGCGCCGGCUCACGUCCGUCGUGUCGCUCGGUUGCCGGUUGUGUGAUCAAAAGCAACGGGGGCCGGGGCGCCGCGGCGCUUCAGUUCGCCGCCUGUUCCUUUAGUAUGUACGGGCGCGCCCGCCAGGCGAGGAAAAAUGGCGGCGCUCGGUCGCCUCCUGUUGCGCCCGGGCUCCCUCCGCGACGUCAUUCAUGUGCGUCACGGCCGCGGCCGCUGGAACAAACAAAGUCCGGGGGCGGGGCCUGUGCGGGGGGAGCGGCCGCCGCUCCCCCCGCUCAUCAGGCCGAACGAAAGCAAUCGGGCCGGCCGCCGCCCCUGCUGCCUAGCGCGACGCGUAUUGUUUGCGCCAACUCAGACAUUACCAACCAACCUCGGGAGGCACGGAGGGCCGAGGACCAGAGACCCGCACGCCUCCGCCGAUGUCCGUAGGCCUUCGACCUUUUUCUCUAAGUGGUGCGCCGCCCCAUGAGGGACGGAGGACCGAGAGCCGGAGACGAACAGGCUCCGUCGUAAAUGCCUGGCCUUUGUACCAUGCUAGCAAUCACGCUCGCCGGGUCUGAUCGCUCUACAGACUCACUCGGGACCGAGGACCGGAAAGCAGCAGGCCCCUGCUUGGGGGCUUUCUGCCUUCUUAUCUGUCUCGCCAGGCGCCGCCCCGCGAUGAACUGCAGACCGAGUGCCGGAGACCAACACCCCGCGCGCAUUUGUGUGCUCUUUCUGCCCUCUUUCUUAUCUCGCCAGCUGCUGCCCCGCGAUGGACUGAGGGGGGGCCGUGGACCAAUUGGCCCCCUUUUUUUUGUGUGGGGGCUUUCUACCUUCUUUCCCCGUCGGAUCUUGCCCGGUGAUGGACCGAGGGCCGGAGACCAACAACCUCCCUUUGCUGUGUGUUGGCCUUCUGUCUACCUUCUUGCCUCGCCAUCUACUGCCUUGCGAUGGACCGGGGACCGAGGACCGGAGACCAGCAGGCCCCCUGUGAUGUGUGUGGGCUUUCUACCUUCUUAUCUCGCCAACUACUACCCUGCGAAGGACAGAGGACCGAGGACCGGAGACCAACAGACUCCCUCUGAUGUGUGUGAGCUUUCUCCCUUCUUCUCUCGUCGGCUUUCUAUUGCCUUGGGAUGGACUGAGGACCGAGGACCGGAGACCAACAGACCCCCUCUUAUGUGUGCGCUUUCUCCCUUCUUCUCUCGCUGUCUUCUAUUGCAUCGGGAUGGACUGAGGACCGAGGACCGGAGACCAACAAAAGCCCUUUCUUGAUGUGUGUGAGCUUUCUCCUUUCUCCUCUCGCUGUCUUCUAUUACAUCGGGAUGGACUGAGGACCGAGGACCGGAGACCAACAAACCCCCUUUCUUGAUGUGUGUGAGCUUUCUUCUUUCUUCUCUCGUUGUCUUCUAUUACCUUGGGAAGGACUGAGGACCGAGGUAGGACCGGAGACCAACAAACCCCCCUUGGUGUGUGUGAGCUUUCCCCCUUCUUCUCUCGUUGUCUUCUAUUGCCUUGGGAUGAACUGAGGACCGAGGACCGGAGACCAACAAACCCCCUCUGAUGUGUGUUAUGUGUCUCCUUUUGUGGAAGUUGAGUAGUUGAGUGGUGUCUGUUGUUGCUGCAGUUCUUGCUCAAGUAGAGAAAAAACACAAAUCACGAUGGUGCUGCACCUAUUCCGUACCAUGCCAAGAACAAGUCGUCCACCCCGCCGGUCGUGAGCAGCAGGGAGAACAUGAACAACAAUAAAGCACAUGACUCCUUGAUGAAGAUAAAAAUGGCGUCAAGAAAGCAGCUGAGCCUCUUACCAUUAGUGCUGCCGCUGCUGGAGGUGUGCUUUCUUUUCGACGUCCUCCACCAGGAGGUCGUGCUGAGCAACCUGCAGCUGCUAGUACACGUUGCUGCCGCAGUAGUUGUUGGAAGCCCACCACCGCCUGCUCCGGGGACCAAAAGAACAGAGCGAUCACUACCAGGAGUGGUCCUCGCGGCUGAAGAUGUGGAAGAUGAAGACGAAGAUGCUGCUGGACACCUACAUGGAAAGCAGGAGGAUCAUGACGGAAAGAAUGUUGGCCUGACGGUGGAGCAGGGGUCUCUUCGCCGAGAUCCUGAGGGAGUACAUCAACAACUAGUCACAUAUACGACAGCACAUCAGAAGGACUACAGGGAGCGGCCCAAUCACAUUUAUAGCUCCAGUCCUGCUUCAGCAGCACCAAGACCAACAAAUUCGAAAAUUGGUAAAAAAUCAUCUUCAGCCACGGGGACGACGCGCCUUCAUCCGCCCAACCUUUUAGUUUUCAAUCUGUCAGGUGACGAGCUUCUUUCUCUCCACCCUAGCGUCUGGAACGGCAAAACGGUCUCGGAAUUGAAGGAGUUGAUCCUGUUCGAGCUCCUCAAAAAGCACUUGAUGGAAGAAUUUCGACUGACCAAAAAACAGAAACAGGAAUUUCUGAGUUGUUCCAUGCUCGGACCCCCAGCGGCCGUCAUUUCUCAACUCGGUUUGCACAUCGAUCCCGAGGAGAACCCGACUGUAUACGAAAAUUUGCUUCAGCUAGUGGAUAACGUGCACAAGAAUACGCCGUUGACGGUGGACAGUGUGGUGAUCUUAUUCAAUUUGCAAAAGUAUUGAGUAUCUGUAUCGUUUUUCGGACUUGCAUCUAUCAACCGCGACGGGUUCAUCACCUUGCAUAAUUGCUUCAUUGCAACGACUUGAAAUAAAAGUUGCAUGUCGUAUUUGACGAAGGCAGGAUGUAGUGCGGCCUGAGUUGUAUAAGAUAGAAGCCGGACCAUAUUAAGAUUAACGCAACUCCUUUUGCAGUGAAUAAAUCAGUUGGGAAACAUAUUUCGACCACCAUCCAAGUCCUAGCGUGACCCGGCUCCGCGCCGGAUUCGCGGACAUUCCGAGUCGGAAAGAGUUGGAUAUGCACUGCAAAAGCAUCGUAUUCGUAUAAAUUGCAUUACAAAUUAGCUCAGCAUUACAAAUGAAAUUUGUAAUGCUGUUUUACCUUAGGAAAAAGAUUUGUCAUGCAUAAACAGCAAUUUCUACGAACGACUACGAUACUUUUGCAGAGGAUACUGGAGCGCGUGUUGCAAUUGUGGAGUAGGGCCGAAUACAAUGAGUACGAGGAGGACGUUGAUAUCUUCGAUAUGGACCACGGCCACGGGGAUCUUCAUACAAUUGGAAGUGGACGAGACGACAGCGCGACGGCGACGACUUCUACACCUUGCCACCACCGGUCCCCCGUCCAUGACGAUACUAGUAAGGACUUCUCGGAUCUUCACGAUCAUCAUGAUGUUGAAGACGAUUCCCACUGGCAGCCGUUUCUUCCCUUUUUCCGCAUAUCCUGUGCAAAAGUAUCGUACUCGUAUCGCAAUCAUGCAUGCACCCAGAUGAAUUGUCGUAUAGGAUGAAUUGUAACAGAAUACGUAUCGAGUACCCAGCGAAGCUUGCAGCGUAUCGUAUUACGCAGCACCGAAAAGCGAAAGCGAACACCAGGCGAGCCAAAUUCGACAAAAGCAAAAAAGCAACCCUUGCAACAUAUUUUCCCAAAAAUGAAUUGCAAAACGCAUCAAGUGUUUUUGUAGAGAUCGAUGCAAUUCAGUUUCAAAAGACAAAGCAGCUCAGCUUGCCGCUUCUGUGAUAUAGCUGCGCUGCGAAGUAGAAUAAUGCGAGGAAGCGGAAAAAAAAUUCAGCAAAGUAGCGACAGGAAAGCGAGCGCGAUCCACUUCUAUUAACUUAGCUGCAGCUGCUGUAACAAAAUUGGCGCACUGACGAACGCGAUCAAAAAAAAGUCGCUCUUUAGAUUGUGAAGAUGCAGGGAAUGAAAACGAGAAAGCCAAAGCUAACAUAGGGAAAACAAAAAUACACAGAACGAGUUCCACAUUGACAAAUAAAGCCUACAAAACUUAACUUGCACAAACACAAAACGCAGGGACGUAUCAAAUUAGCAGUGCAGGUUUUGUAUGAGAACAAAACGAGCAAAGGAAAACUCGCAGGCGAAGUGCAGCGUCGGGGCAAGUUGGUGAAAGCGCUAGCCGUCAAUCAACAUGCGGGGCGCGCUGUACUUCGUACGGAAAUGGAAACAGUUUGCAGAAACAGAAGACAGCAGAAUAGUGCAAAAAUAGCACGCAAAAUUCAAGAAGAAGCGCAUAGUGUACAAGUGGAGUGCAGCAACAGAGCGCGUUGGUCGAAGCGACAGCUUCAAAUCAACUCGCGCGGUGCGCUGCGCUCCUAGUGGGAAUAAUUAUAGCUGAUAACAGUGCAAACCCGACACAAGAAGAGAUACGAGAAAAGACGAGAAGAGCGACUGAUAAAAGUAGCAUAACACAUGUGGUUUUCCGCGAGAAGUCACACAUUCGAAACAAAACAAAACGAGUAAGAAGAACGCGACGCAUCUACUAGCACAAGCAAUAACAGCCCAAGAAGCUAAGCAAGGACGGAAAAGCGACGCCGCGCCCCUUUUCUCGUUCCCCCUCUUCAGGGCUCGGGAUUCUUGAACGCAGACAGAGACCGGCGCCCCUCCGAGGCGGAGGACGUGGAGGCCAUGCGGUGCAGUUCCUGAAGCUCCGGCGGGGCGCGCGCCUCGAUCGCAGUCGUGCGCCACGUUGCCGGCAUGCGCAGAAACUGGCCGCCUUGAAAAUUUCUCGUGAGCGCCAAAGGAAUGAAAACGACGCAAGGGCACCGCUGAGCACGCCGCCGCGCCAUUUGUGCAGCCUCAUAAAUUCGCCAAACGAUGCUGACACCAGUAACGCCCUCAAUGCGGAUCCGAAUUCCGCGCGUCGCCCCCUCGACACGGGUGACCGAACCCCGGAUGUUCGUGGGAACUUGUUUCGGGCCGGCAGUUUCCAGCUCGGCGACGUCGACGUAGGCUUUCGUUUGCCUUUAUGCACUGCAAAAACGCACUGGCGCAAUGUAAUUACGCAAGCAGCCAAACAACAAAGAAAAACUAGAGGUCAGCAUGCUUCUGGGCGCAUAAAGAGAAAAAACGACACCGAGAAAAAGGCGCAACCACAUGCGCGCCAGCACGAGUGUUGCAGAGCUUAAUAGCGGAAGCGAGCCCGAGCCAAAAACGCGAUCCAUUGCGGGGUCGACGGCGGCGAUCGCGGAAAGAUCGUCGCCCGCAGCUGGAGGCGGUGGCCCAGCAGCCGACGCCGUUUCUUGUUGGGCUCGUGGCGGGGCGUGAUUCGGCGCGGCAGGCGGCGCCGUUUCGGGUGGAGGCGCAGGCGGCGCUGCGACUUGAGUGAGGCCCGUGGGGCACCGCUUGAGGUCCUUCCAAGGAACAUCGCGCAGCGUCGUUUCGCGUUUCUUGCCGGCGAGGACUCCGUCGCUGUGAGCAUCCACCCCGAGCGCUUUCACCUGCGUAACGACGAAAGGCCCCAAGAAUUUUGUUGCCAAGCCGGGGCUUUUCUGUCUGUUUCUGCACAAAACACGUUCCCCAAUUUUCAGUUUUUUGAUGUCCUUCAGCCUGCCCCCAUCCUCACGAUUUUCAAAGAAGCGGCUGCGAUUGCGUAGCGCCUGUCUGGCCAGCGAGCCGCGCAACGUUGCGGCCGCAAAAUCAGCAGCGCCAUCACUUUCGCCAUCCGCGGCCCCGGCGCCGUGUUUCCUUUCCUCGGAAUUCUGCGGCGGGGGUCCAGCCAGUGCGGUGGCUGGGGCUGCGCUUGCGCUUUCUGCCGCGGCGCCCUUGUCUGCAACGAUAUGCGGGGGCGCACGUUGCACGGGAUGCAGAGUGGCUUCGGUGAUGUCCCGCAAGGGGCGUAGAAACGUGCUCAGAUGCCUCGCAGCGGGAAUCCGACGGCCCCGCGUCGCCCGUCGGUUCAGUGCCGCCACAGACGCAGGCAAAUGGCGAGGCCAAUCCUUUUCGCCGCCCCUUUUACGCAAUUGCUGCUUCAGCUGGCCAUUGUAGGUUAUCACCGAAAAAUCCCCCCGCCCCAUAUUGCAAAAGGAAUUUGCAUGCGUUGCUGAUGCGUGGCCACGGGUUGUAGUCCGUUGCAGAACACGCGCGAACACAUACCCAGCAACACGAAUGGCCUUUAUAAAUAUGGGGCGAGUGGCUUUUUCAGUUUCGUAGAACUUUCCGCGGCACCAUUGGACUGCGGAUGCGCGCGAGGGCUUUCGCGGAUAUCCGUGCGAAAGGCUGCGCCCACCGGGGGGUCGUUGGUGAAGGUCGCGCACUUAUGGUCGCGCGUCAAGCAGGUGCAUUGGCUCCAGUUCUUUAUCUGCUGCAGCUCUGUGCCCUUGUCAAUGUUCAAAUGAUCCGGCGCGCCGUGUUCCUCGACCAUGUCCAGAUACGCUUGCUUGACCUCUUCCGCCUCGAAGCUCGUCAGCAGUUUGGAACAAACGGCGCCAGUCGUGAGGCAGCACAUGUUCAAACAACCGACGAAGCGCGUCCCGACAUUUUUUCCGCGGUGCGCCGAGUUUUCGCAGGGGGUGCAAACUAUGCAGUCGACGCCCGCCCAGGCAAAAGGCCGAAGGGACUCAUUGGCGGGGUCCUUGAGCGCCGCCAAAGUGCUGCUUGCGUAAGAAUCCUGCUGCUGUGGCGCAUGUUCUUCGUUGGCCGCGCAAGCCUCGCACGCUUGCACCGCAACCCGCGCGCUUUCUUUCAAGCCGCACCACGUGAAGCCAAGCUGUUGGAUGGCCACCCCAGUUGCCUCAAUUCCCCCAUGCGACCGCAAAUGCCCAAGGGCCGCAAUGCGCUGUUUUUCCGCGUCGUCGUCGGCGCCGAUGACGGUAAGCCAAUCCGGAUACACCAUCAGCGCCUCGGUGGUUUUGCGUCCGUAGCCCUGGAACUCUACGCGGACCUGCAGCUUGCCCGUGCCCGGGGCUAAGCGGAAAAAGUUUUUCUUUGUUUUCCACCACUUCCGCUGCCGCGCGGUAAGCCCCAACGUUUUGAAAGCCGCCCCAAUGUCAGCAGCCCGCAGCAAGAAUUCAGUCGCGCCAUCGGGCAAAGAAAAAUUUUUGCCGGCAUUGGACUUUCGCCCCCGCUUCCGUGGGGGGGGCGCGCACUCGCUUGCAUCCGAAGCAGCCUCCCCAUCGCUUUCGCUCGAGUCGCCCAAGCUAACAUCGCUCGAAACCGACGGCCUGGGCGCAUCUGCUUCCGCUGCACGUUUGCGAGAGGCCAAGCCAGCCGCCACAGGUUCGCCCUCUUGCGUUUUCGAAACCGUUUCGGCCUUCGUUUCGGGGGGCGCGGGGCUGGCAGAGGAAGUCCCGGUCGCUUUCGCUUCAGCGCCGCGCCUGACAAAAGCGUUGUAGUGGCGGCCAUCGUACUCGAGUCGGAUCGCCUUCGCGCCGCUUCCGAUUCUCUGCGGCUGCUCUUGAGAACCGGGGGCGGGUUCGAUCUGAAUCGACAACACUAUGCAAAAGAAAAAGCAAACCAGCCCGCUACACAUCAGAGACAAGAGAGGCACGGGUCGCAAAUUUUCGCAAAACGGGCGCCGCAUCCCGCGCAAAAACGACAGCGCGCGGCGUGCCGCUUGGCUCUUUUAGGUGCGGGCGGGCUCAUUUUUUCGCAUAGGGUCCAUGACUUUCGCCACCGCCUCCAAAAAUGCGUGGCCCAGCCAUACCGUUGCCGUCGGGUGCAGAAGUUUUUCCAACCAGGCCAGCCACUUGCUCUGCUCUGCUAAAACCGCGGGGCCCGCCGGCUCGUCCACUCCGUACUCCCCCACCCAAAACGGGCCAAGCUCUUCGCGCUUGUCCGCCAUGAAACCCUCCGCCAACUGCUUCACCUUCGGCAUGCUGAUGCCUGUGGCCGCCGCAAUCGAAAGAGGGCAACAAUUGCCGUUCCCCUCGAUCUUUUGCAAAACUUCGGUCGAAGCCGUACCGCAAUCGCUGAAAAAACGAAGCCCCUCCCCGAUAUCGUUUCUGGCGUCUGUCGUGCUGAUUUCCUGAAUUUCCCAGGACUUUCGUGGAAAAUCCUGGGAAACCAGCGAAAGCGCAACCAAGUCCGCGCAUUAGCUGAAACAACAACGGGGGGGGGCGCCUGUGUUCACGGCCUUAAGCUUCUCCCGGGGCGGCCGCAUCAGGCGGACAGCCCCGGGCGCCUUCGGGGUCUAAUUAUCAACUAAAAUCCGGCUAAUUUGAGAGCGUGCGCAGCCCCCUUGCGUCGGCUUGGUUGCGUGCCGAAUCUCCUUGCGAAGCGCACGGGGCACAUUCGGCGCGCCGCUAUUCGAAUGCGGGCCCGUGGCCUCGUGGCUUUGCCGAUUUCGUGGCGGGGGUGUCUUUCGCUUUGCGGCAUUGGCUUCGGCGGCCCGUCUCCCUUCGGUCUGGAAGCCGUGGUCGGUUGGUUGGGGCGUGUUCUGGUUUGUCGUUCGGCCUGUGACCCUCCCGGCAUGGCUUCCGUCUGUGUGUUUUUUGGGCCGGGCGUUGCAGGCCGACGGACUUUGCCCCGGUAGGGAGUUUCGCGCCCCGUCCUAUGGUUUCCUCCUUCUUCGUCUGGAGAUGGUCCUGGGCGCGGGCAUUUCAAACAUGGCGUCGACCAUGUUUGACAUACCCACCAAAAACCCCGGGAACACCUCCCGGAAUUUUCUAAUUUGAAAUUCUAAUUGGAAAACGCACCUUUUUUAGGCGCUUCUAAUCUGCACCUAAUCUGCAGCUAAUCUGCGCCUAAUUUGCAGCUAAUGUAGCUGCUAAUAGGCGCUAAUUGGCUGGCUAAUUUGCAGCGGCCGAAAAUCGUUACCGAUUUCACGGCACAAAAUCGCAGAAAUUUUGUACAGGGAAAUCGGGAACGAUUUUUCGGCCGGGGGUUUGGGGAUUCUCUGCAAAUUAGAUGCAGAUUAAAGAGCAUAUUAGACACGGUUCCAAAAAAAUUAGAUUUCAAAUUAGACACCUGCUUUUCGGGGGGUCGGGUGGUGUCUCCGGAUGCAAAUUAGACACGAAACCGGCGCGCGCCGGACACGAAUUCGAAGCCGAUUCUAAUUUGUGUCCUUUCAUUCUGGCCCGGCCGAUGCUUGCCCGCCCGCGUCCUCUCUUCGAAUUUUGAUGGCCUGUGGCCGGGCCUUUGAUUGGUUGGGCGCCGCGUGUAUCGGCUUGCGCUGGCACCAUGAAUUCCCUUGGUGGGCCUUUCUUUGUGUUCCGGCCGGGCUUUGGGUCCGGCAGGUUGGGCGUGGUGUUUCUCCGUUCCGUGUUGCUUUUUUUGCCUGAUUUUGCGCCUUGUUGAUUCCGUUAUGCCCGCCCGCGGAGCAAUAAUGUUCGGGGGGUUUGGUUCUUCGGGGAGGCAUCACCCUCGGGCUAGGGUGUUCGGCCGGGGUGUUUUUUUCUGCGCUUGCGCCUUCUUUUGGUUCUCAAAUUAGCCAACUUUCAGAAACGAAUUAGAAAAAGAAGUCGCCCGGGCCUGUCCGCCUGAGGCCGCAGCAGGGGCCUCCGCCGGUUUCUCGCCGCGGAUCCACUCGACCCGGCACAGCCACUUGCCCCGUCCCGGCUUGGGGUUGCGGCUGCCGGGGAGCCUCCCGACUUGGUUCGGCUUGUUGGCGUGCCUGUCCCCCCCUAAAAGGGGAACCAUCACCGUGCGGAAAUCUUUUUCCGCCGUCGCGCCGCCGGGGACCUGAAACCACGCCUGCCAGCAGGCUGCCGAAGUGCGGGUCACCAGCUGGCAGCGGUGGUCUUCCUUCGCCCUUUCCACCACCCCCGGCGCAGCGUUGUCCAGGUCGGCCAAAAAAUAUCAAACACGCAAAGCCCCCGCAAAACAGCGCCGCGCUACGAGCGCGCGCGCGGAGUAUUGCCCGACGGCUGGGCCGAAAAUUGAGCGACCGCCCAUUUCCCCCUGCUCUUCUGUCAUGGUGCUUGGCAGCGGCCAAUCAAGCACCCGGCGCCCCUUUCCCCUUAUACGGACGGCAAGCAAGGAAGGAAAACGCGAUCCCACAACGCCCCCCAUGCUACUAGAUGCGCGCACGCGGCGGGGGGCGGCGCUGCCCUAUCUAGCCAAGGAACGGCCCCGACGCUGCGCCACACUGGGCGCGCGCCUUGCAACUCGGGUCGCUUCGCUCGGCCGCCGGCCGGCCAAAGAAAUUUUCUCACCAACCGGCGCAAACCUGCGCCGCGACCUGGGCCGGGGCCUAGGGUUUAGAAUCUUCACCGGGCGCCCGCGGCUUUGCAGAAAAACGCCGCAACUCCGUCGCGCGUAAUGCUUGCGCGCCGUUGCGAAGGCUUUGCGCGUGCACAUGCGUAAAAUCCAGUCGGAGCCCAUCGGGCGAAAGAAAUAAUGAAAAUCCUUCCCGAGCGCGUCGGGCCGCCACGCCUUCGGGUCCGCUCGCUGCUCCAUGCUGGCGACGCCUGAAAAACAGAAAAGAUGAAUGCUAUUUGUCAUGUGAAAAAAGAAACCCCACUACGCGGAAAACGACUGAAGCGCCCCCCUGCCCUCCCUUACUAUAAGAAAGCGGAAGCAAAAAUCUAUCGCAACACCCAAGCAAAAAAGAAUACCUCCCCCGCCGCGCAGCGGGUCCUUGGCCUGUGUCAGGAUCAGCUUCCGGAGGGCCCCGACCGGCAACAACUUCGUGACCCGUGACCUAUCCCCUAAAAAAAUGCUUUCCACCCAAGGCUGGCGGCCUCACUGCGUACAAGAUCGAAAACGCGAACCGGCAAAACGAAAAAAAAUUCCUUUGCCCCCCGGCGGGGCAAAUGCAAAAAGCCACCACGAGGCCCCGCCGCCCUCCAUGCGCCUGGGGAGUGCAUUUUUUUGCGGGAUAGGUCAUGUCUGCGACGAGUGCCGCCGCAUCCAAAUCGGUCGUCGCCAACCCUUCCCCGGUGUACCGGUAACCCGGAAACGCCGACGGCAUCGGGGGGGGCGGGGGGGGCAGGUUGUGCAAGCCCGGGCCACCGACCGUGCUGCCCGCGGGCGGAUCGAACUUGCGCCCGGGCGCUUUGCCGCUCGCCUUCGAAUUGUCCCCGCAAUCGGAGUCGCUCGCCACAGAAGCCGGGCCCGCGUCGAACUGCCCGUUGGUGGGGGCCUGGGUUCCGUCCGGAGCCGUGGCAGCGGGGGCCGGGUCCUGCAGCCAAGAAAUGCCCAAGACACUGCCCGGGCCACUGUGCGGAAGUGCCGCCAUUAGGCCGGCAUCCCGCGUCUUUGUGGCGACAUUCGCGGCAAAAUCUUUCUGCUCGGGACUGAUGGGCUGCGCCCCUUCCAUCGCCAUCGCCAACAUCCCGCCAAGCAUGCUGCGCCAUAAUGGGAAAAAGUGCGCCCAAGCAAAUCACGGGCGGGGGCCCUUGUAUCAUAAAAAACAGCCCAAAGCGCCAGGCGCUGCCUGGCCUGGGCGCCGCAAAAGGCGGAGCCCUUAGCGGGCGGAAACCCUGCAAAGCCGGGAAAUUUGUCAUGCCUAAAAAGCUGCCCACGCCCUGCAAUUGCAGGGGCUUGAUUUUUUUUCGUAUUUUUUCCUUGGCGCUGAGGCCCUUCCCGAGCGUCUCCAAGCGCUUGAAAUUCGCCCACAGCUUCGCCACCUUCAUACGAGUGAGCCGCAGGCGGUCGCGCUGCUUGUCCGAGUAAGCGCCCGGGUCACUCAUGUCGACCCACCCCGCGGGAGUCAGGCGAGGGGGAAAAUUGCCCGAGCCCCCGAAACAGAAGUCGGAAUCCUGCAAGUCGAGCAAGCCAGCGGCCGCCAGUGCCUUCGCCCGAUCAUAAUCGCCGGCCACCGAAACAAGCGCCAUGGUUUUUGUUUUCUUUCGAUUUGCAAGGCGAAACCGAAAAAAUGCGAGAAGAAGAAAAACGCGAAACAACGACAAAGAUAGAGAAGCGAGAAGCGUAGCAAGCUAGUGCGUAGCUGGUGUUUUUUUUUGCUUAGUAGUAGAGAAGUUUUUUGUGGUGGUUAGCGCGCUCGUUUUUCGUCCGAGGUAGACAAGUUUUUUUUUUGGGUAGCGUGUUCUUUUUUCGUCUGAACAAGACAAACUGAAGUUGGGCACUGUAAGGGUAAUGAAGAUGAAACAAGAAAAAAGUAGUAUAAGCAUGAGCCAACGCAAAGUCAUCAUAUAAUUAUCACGCGAUUGCUCACAUGAUAAUCAUAUGACUUUGGACCCCCAUAAGCCAUUUUGAGUUGUUUCGCUCACAUGAUAAUCAUGUGAUUAUCAUGUGAGUCCCGACGCUCGACAGCGAAAGCAUUUUUCCCCUGAUAUGACGCAACGCCCGUCAUACGUACGAAAGGAAGCGUAAAAACGUGAACGAAACACAACGAAAACAACGAAAGAACGAAAACCGAUCGCAUACACAAUACGAUGACAACUCAGAUUGCAUCCCGUAAGGCCACGAAAAAAAGUGAAGAAGACAACUCAGCACGAAGCAAUUCAGAUUACUGCAUGCAUUAGGUAAAUCAGCAUUAGAAAUUUUAUCUCUCAUGCUGAGGAAAUCUGUAAUGCAUUUAUACGAAUGCAAUACUUUUGCAAUUCAUACCGCAAGAAGCCGAACAAACUCCAUCGCAAGGAAGCCGAGUUCUUCUACGGGCCAACGGCAACCUGGUCCUAUCAAAUGCAAAAAUGUCUGUGUAUGGAAGAGUGGAACUUGUGAUGCUGACUUUGGACUCUAAAUAAAAAAAUCUGUAUUGCAUGACCAGCAAGAGGAGUCUAGGUUGUGCUACGCGGGGAGGGCAUUUAUCAUCCGGAGUAGGACCAGGAAGCCCUCUAAAAUACAUCUGUGAUGCUAGGUCGUGCAUUACAGGCGUCCUGGGUCAUGCAAAACAUGCAUGACAAACCCGGCAACAUUCCAGACCCAGACAGUUUUGCAUUUGAUAGGUCCUUGGGAGAGGCAGUUACGCACCUCGGAAAGACGAAAGAAGUCGAGGCUGCAAUCCUCGAAGGCGGCAUCUGGAGGCCGGCUUUUAUCAGCUGUAAGUAUUGUCGUGUGACGAGCUUCAUGUUUGUGAUCGAGGUCUGGAGCAUUUGCUGGAUUAAAAGUACAGAUUUUUUGCCAUCAAGAAAAACCGGGCGUUGUAAACUAUCACCUUCGUACAUCACAGAACAAAUGUUUUCUAGCACAAAUGAAUUUUUAAUUUUCCCACACACAAUAAAUACAAUAUCAAGACUUUGUUCACUGUCAGGCAAGAUAUGAAAUCCAUCAGGACUUUCAGCCAAGCAAAUUCUCACCGACCUAAAUCGAUCAUCACAAAUUUUGACUACCAUCGUGAUUCAAAUUUGUACGUCUCGAUCUUCAUCGUGAUUCCGAAAAUUUACAUCGUGACUUCUUGCAUGGACAUUCGAUUUAGGUCGGUGAGAAUUUGCUUGGCUGAAGGUCCUGAUGGAUUUCAUAUCUUGCCUGACAUUCACAAACAUGCUACAAGAACAAUUUGCGAAUGCAUACCAUCCUUGGCCCGGUCGGGGCGACGCCGCCCGGUUGGUUGUGGUGUGUUUUGCUGCAGCGACGCCGACCACAAACGGAACAACUGGCCGCACAACUCGGGGUCCUCGUGGUCCAGUCUUUUUCACGAGUCUCUCAUCAUUUCCAACUAUCAAAUGUAAAAAUGUCUGGGUCUGGAAGAAUGCAAGAUUUGUCAUGCAUAUUUCUCAUGACCCAUGAUGCCUGUAAUGCAUGCCCUAGCAUCACAGGUUUUUUGAGGGAUUCUUGAUGCCCAUUCCGCAUGACAAAUGCCCUCUCCGCGUAGCAAAAAUUAGACUCUGUUUGCUGCUCAUGCAACACAAAUUUUUUAGUCAUCGAAACGCAGCAUGACAAGUUGCAUUCUUCCAGACCCAGACAUCUUUACACUUGAUACCAAUUGGAAGACGUCCUUUGUGAAGAGCAUGCGGUCCCUGUUCGUAUGAACUGCAAAAGUAUCGUACUCGUAUAAAUGAAAAUGCAUUACAAAUUUCCUCAGCAUGAGAAAUGAAAUUUGUAGUGCGGAUUUAGCUUAGCAAAAGGAUUUGUAAUGCAUGAUUGCAAUACGAGUGCGAUACUUUUGCACAGGAUAAUUCGAGGAUUGCGAUGAUUUCAACCAGCAGCUAAACUGGGAUGUUUCCGGCGUCACCAAUUUUUCCAAAAUGUUCCGGAACGCGCGAAAGUAUAACGACGGAGUAGAGGAAGAGGUGGACCUGCAUGAUCGAGAAGUGCAACAUCUUGGCGAUGUUGGUGCAGCGUUGCUGCAGCUGCUAGUUCAUACUUCUGCAAGAAAUAAUUAUAACGCUCCCGGCACCUCUUCUGUUGUUCAUCGCAAUGGCAUAUCCGCUUGGGACGUUUCCAAGGGCGAGGAUUUUUCAGACAUGUUCCGGGGCUAUCAAAUGCAAAAAUGUCUGAGUCUGGAAGAAUGCCAUGCUUGUCAUGCAUAUUUUGCAUAACCCAUGAUGCCUGUAAUGCAUGGCGGAGCAUCACAGAUUUUUCAAGGGCCUUCUGAUGCGUAUUCCGCAUGAGAAACGCCCACUCCGCGUAGCACAAACUGAACCCCUCAUCUUGCUGGUCAUGCAAUACAGAUUUUUUUUACCUUCCAAAGACAGCAUCACAAGUUGCAACCUUCCAGACCCAGACACUUUUGCAUUUGAUAGGGGCGCCCGCGCUUUUAGCCGACCACUGCGGGAGUGGAGGUUUCGAGAGGAAACGUCGAGGGAGACAACGACGGGCAGAAGAACGCUCUGGACCAUUCGAGAUCCCGCGGACGAGCGCAUUGAGUAUCCUCGGCUGCCCCAAGACCACUGGUUUACCACCAUGUUCAAGCAGUGUCCGGCGUUUGUGCUCGAGUUCGAGGCGCUUCGGAGAGAGGAUUUUUUACGCCAAAGAAUAAAUGCAGGAGGAGUUGUUGUCGCAGGGACGAGCAGGCACGGUCCGCCUGAAGACGAGCUUCCUGUAGAGGAAGAUGAAGAAGAUUUUCUCCCGCUGUUUGGAAGCGAUGGGGAGGAGGAUGAAGGAGAACAAGAACUACAAAAAUUACCAAGCGGAAAAACACAGGAACGGGGAAAAUUUCAAAAUUUUGCCAUGCCCGAUUUUUAGAAGAGGUAAGAAGAUCCUUUCUACAGGUAACGUGACUGAUUUUCGGGAGCCCUAUAUAUGCCAAAGACCCGCUUCGAACAUAUCACAAACAAUACUACAGGUGAGGUUCAUCUUCGGGCCCGUGUAAAAUCAAAAAAACAUCAGGUUACUUGCGCCGUCUGCACUUACCGCUUACCGAAGGAGCCUGCGCAGCCGCGUCACACACCACACACACACACCACACACCAUCUAGUAGAACUAGCGCACUAAUCUCAUCACUUUUCAUCGUAAAAAAGAGCACAAUACUCAUCCCAGUAAGCACAUCAGGUUACCACCACUGAGGCCGGGCGGUCGGGUUGGUUGCUGCACUUCUCGAGUUUUCCAAACGUGGCGGCAGGGGGGCCUAUUACUGCAAUUUUCAGGUCUGUUGCACCAGGUCCUGGUGCAACACGCCUGUAAAUCGGACGAGUAGGCUCCCCCGCCACCUUCUGGAAACCGGUUCCCUGUACACUUUUGGUGAGAGGUUUGGUGCUGAGAAAAGUAUACCUGGAAUUGUGCUGCUUUUUGAGUUUUAACAUGAAGUGGUGUGGUUUGAUCGAUGUAUGAUAUGAUAGUGCUAUGACUCUAAUAUUGGUGUGUGGUGUGUGUGUUUCGAGUCCGGUCCCGCCGCCCAGCGCCGUCGGUACCUGAAUUUGGAUGAUAGUGAAAACAGUAGCACCCGCCGAUCUUGAAGGAGGUGGCUGGCGACGGUUUGCUGGAGGUCAACAGGCAGAAGGUCCGACAGUAGGAGAUCGCGCUGCACCAUCGACCCGGCGGCAGCGGCCAUCCCUGUGCUGGUGGAUUUUAGAAGGAGGGUGCCGACGCAGCCUACAAAAAUUUUGAAAUUUUCCCCGUUCCUGUGUUUUUCCCCUUGGUAAAAAUCUUGGCCGCCAUAUUAUCACGACGAAGGAGGUCCACCUGGUCCUGGGGAACAACGACAAGCAGAGCAUGCUACUCGACGAGCACCAGCUGCAGCGGAGCCGCAUUACAAACUGUUGACCCGGAAGCAGCUUUUGCAGUUGCUCUGGGCGAUGUGAAGAAUUGUUCACUUUUUUUGCAGACGAGAUCUCGGCGUAGUGUUAGUACUUGCUCCGGUGGACGCCAAUUUGGAUGAGUCCAAUUUUGUUUAUUUGGUAAUCGUUUUAUGAAAACGAUUCGAGUAGAGCAGGAUGAAUCUUACAUUCGUGUAUGAGGAUCCACGACUUGUUGGUCGUUUGAAGAGCAUUGUCCUGUGAAUCACCUGAGCAUUGUUUGCGAUUUUUCCAUGCUUGUAAAGAUAGACUCCAUGAUGGUGAUAAUUUUUGGGAGCGCAUGACCACGCGCAUCAACACGAUCAAUUGCCGCGUAAAUCAUGAAUUGAGCUGUGCGCAAUGCGCAUGAGAGCCGUUGAUGUGGCGCGCUGGUGGAAAAAAUAGAAACACGAUAAGACUAACUCGAUCUUAGUGAUUUUCUGGGUUAAAAACGUCUCCUCGACGCCGAGCACGGCGCUCGGUUUUCUCCGGAAAACCCAAUAUUGAAAAGAAAAAGGGGCUUCGUAACUUGCGAAACUUUGUGAAAGAAAACCAAGUUGCGCGCAUGAUUAAACGUAGUGUCUUGUUCGAUCGG